AUGAUGUAUUUAAAUUUAUCGUAUUUGUGUAAAUAUUUAAUUGCAAGUAAACCAGAAGUUAAUGAAGAAAGUGCUUGUAAUUAUAAACCAACAUUGAAAAAAUGUGAAAAUUCAAAUAUUCAUGAAUUAGUUAAAAGAACAGAAGAACAAUUAAAUCUAGAAUCUUCUUAUAAUGAUCAUUCAUUAUCUGAUAAAGAUAUCUCAACUGAAGAAUCUAGUAGUGAUUUAGGAUUACAGUUUAAAUUUGAUGAUAAGAUUGGUAAUAAAAAUCAAUCAGAAUCAGAUAUUGAAAAUCAAGUGAAAUCAGAUAAUGAAAAUCAAACAGAAUCAGAUAAUGAAAAUCAAGUAGAAUUUAAAGUAGAUAAUGUAAAAAAAGAUGUUAUUUAUGAGAGAAAAUCAUCUACAGAAACAGGUAGCAAUUUUUCUAAUUAUUCUUCUCUGUCUGAUAGUCCUAAAAAAGUUUUAAAACCAACAUUUACUCCUUCUACAGAAGAUCAAUUAUGUUUAUCUUAUCCUAAAAAAUCAUUACCUACAGAACCAGUUAAUGUAAAAGAAAAAAUUAAACAAUUUGAAUUUUUAACAAACAAUAAUAAUUAA